AUGCCAUUGCAGCGCAACUUCAGCUGCGAGGGAGAUUUCCAGCUACAAGUAGUGGUUGGGGAGGCAGCUGGUUCAAAAGGGGCCUUGAACCAGCGUCAACGCGACAAUCGAGACGAAAAGAGAUUGAUGGCAGGUAGAUGCAAUUCAGACACUCACUGUGCGGGGCGCUACGCAAUUCCUACGGCUUCGGCGUCAGCAGGUGGAAAGAAAGAGAGCGAGAGCGAGAGAGAGCGAGCGAGCGAGUACGUGAGACAAAGACCAGCUGUAGCUGCACAAGCCGUGGCUCAUGUGCUGCUGCAGCUGAAAACAUAG